UAAAAAAUAUGCAACUGAUACAAAGAAAAGCUCUAAAUAUAGCCCUUAGUUUUGGAAUGUAAAUAUAAACAAAUCAAAAGAAUGAGUCACCUUAUACAUGACUGCUCUUGACCUUAAAACAGCGGAAGUUGCGCAGAAUAACAAAAUGGCUGACAUUGUGCGAGUACAAAAAACUUACGAUCAAUAAUGCAAGAAUUAUGGAUAUAACGUCGCACCAGCGAUCGAAGAAUAAAGACGCAAAGUUGUGUACCAUUAACAUUCAGUUUUAAUUUCGCUUUGGACGGUGCAAAAUAUGGAUAAAAAGGAGGAAACAGUCAACUGUGUCUGCCAUGAAAAAGUAGAAAAUGCAAUAGGUGAAGCAUUUCACCGUUAUGGAAGACUGAUCUUUCGCCAUCCUGUUAAAAUAAUCGUAAUGAUUUUGAUAUUAAACGGGGCUCUUGGGGCCGGAAUGAUAAAGCUAAAAGAAGAUAUCGAUGUCAGCCGAGUCUAUACUCCUAUGAACAGUCAAGCAACGAAAGACGAGGAAUUUAUUAUUGCGUUGUUUCCCGACCAAAGUGGAACAGAGUUCUAUAGCUACCAGACUGUAAACCAGCCGAGAUAUGCAACUGUGUAUGUCAGGGCAGUUGAUGGCAAUGUAGUAAGCCAGUCGAACUUUUACAAGCUAAAAACCAUUGUUGAUAUUGUAAACGGUACUGUAGGUGAAGUUCCUUUCGAUCAAACAUGUGCAAGACGCAGUGGCGCUUGUGUGAUAGAUGGCGCAGUUUUACUUACAAACCAUUUUAGCGCAUUUGCAGCUGCAAACAACGUUUCAUAUCCAUAUUUCAACGAUGAAAACGGUAUUCCAACUGACAUAGCGCCCUUGCUUGGUGAAGCCAAUGUCAGGGACAAAAUUCUUCAAGAGGCUAAAUACCUUAAAUUACAGUUUUAUUUGCGUUCGGAAAGUUCAUAUGACAUAGAAAAAAUUCAAGCGUGGCAGGACAAGUUCAUAGAGAAUAUGGAAAAUUUUAGAAGCUCUGAUCUCGAAAUCGCUUACGCUCAUACAGAUUCGCUCGGGAAUGAGUUAAAUGCAAACAUUGGCGGAGAUAUUGCACUUUUCUCUGCUACCUUUACAUUGAUGAUCACAUACGCAUGCGUUGCAACAUUUGCGGCCAGUAACGACUGUGUAGCCAACAGAAUGAUGCUGGGUUUUGCUGGUGUGAUUGCUGCUGGUCUUGGUAUCGUUGCUUCCUUCGGUUUAGUCAGCGCGAGCGGCAUGAGCUUUGUCAGCAUUGUUGGCAACUCUCCUUUCUUAAUUCUGGGAAUCGGUGUAGACGACAUGUUUAUAUUACUAUCUGGUCUGGUUACUGCUGGAUUUUCCGACUCCUCGGAACAACGAUUUGGAACAAUGAUGAGGCAUAGUGGAGUUGCAAUUACAAUAACAUCGCUUACUAACAUCAUUGCAUUCGGAUGCGGCGCUUCUUCUUCAUUCAAAAGUGUUCGAAACUUUUGUGUGUAUACAGGCGUUGCAGUCAUCUUCUGUUACAUAAACCAAGCAAGUUUCUUUUCGGCAUGGAUUGCUUUGAACGAAAAGCGAAUUGAGCAAAGAAAACACGUUGUUCUUUGCUGUAAUUCAGCAAUGUCAAAGACACAGUACAAACAGAAGAGAGCAUCAAAGAUGACAAUAUUUUGCUGUGCAGGUCAGAAACCGUCCGAGGAAAAAGACAUUGAUAGCUUCUUGGAACGUUUUCCAAAAUGGGUUCUCCCUAAAAUAGUGAAGCCCUUAGCAAUGAAAAUAAUAAUUUUGUUUGCUUUUGCUGCUUACUUAGGAGUAGCUAUUUGGGGCGUUAUCAAUUUGAAGCAAGGUCUUGUGAUAAGUAAUCUCGUUUCUAAAGAAUCAUAUUUCUACAAAUUUAACAAAUGGGAGGAAGAUUAUUUUUCAGAACAUAUACCGAUCAUGUUCGUCGUUGACAAUAAAGUAACCUAUUCUUCUGCAGAAGUACAAAAUGAAAUUCAGAACCUCUUAAAUGCCGCGUCUUCUAGUGAGUUUAUGACAAACACGACCAUUUCCUGGUUAGAUGCAUACACAUCUUCAAUAUUUUAUAACGAUACCAAUGAAGCAUCUUUCAUAGUUGGUAUUAAUUCUUUUCUCGCAGAUCCGAUUUAUUCCCGUUUUGAGCAUGACAUUAAGAUUUCAAAAGACAACCAAACUAUUGUUGCAUCUCGCUUCUAUGUGUUCACCAUUACUAUUGCUGAUUCUCAAGAUUCGGGGAAAAUGAUGACAGAUAUGAGAAAAAUUGCAAAUGACGAAAUGAAAUUGUCAGUUACCGCGUUUUCCCCAUCUUUUAUUUUCUAUGAACAGUAUGUACAGAUUUUGCCUCAAACGUUACAGACGCUUGGAAUGUCUCUCGGUGCUGUUUUUCUUGUCACCCUGUUUUUUAUGCCACACCCUCUACUUCUGUUUUAUAUCCUGGUCACAAUAGUGAUGAUAAUUACUGGAAUAGUUGGUUUUAUGCAUCACUGGGGCCUAACUCUUAGUUCGAUAACAAUGAUUCAUCUGAUCAUGAGCGUGGGAUUUUCUAUUGACUAUACUGCACACAUCUGUCACGCAUUUAUGGUUGCCGACGGAAAUACUCGUGAAGAAAGAGCACAGCUCGCUUUGAAGACGGCCGGAGCACCAAUAUUUAAUGGCGCUGUUUCCUCUCUAAUUGGUAUAAUUAUGCUGUCUAUCGCCAAGUCAUAUAUAUUCAAAUCCUUUUUUCAAGUUAUGUUUUUGGUAAUUGCAUUUGGCUUAUGUCAUUCGGUUCUGUUUUUGCCCGUUGUAUUGUCGUUUAUUGGGCCAAAUAAAAGCCAUAGUAAGACCCAGAACAUUGGACGCAUUUCCUCAACGGAGUUAUCGAUGAGCAAUUCUAACACAAGUUUAAAAGCAAGAAGUACGCCUUAUCGCAAUGCAAUUGGUGAGAGAGAUUUGCCAUCUCCACCACCGGUACAAAACCGUGAUAAAACAUAUAACCGUGAUAGGCCAUUAUCCGGCCACAGUGUUCGUUCUAACGUAGGUAAAUCGGAUAUCCUAACGCAAAUGCGGCAAAAUUCGCCCGUGAUUGUAAUAUAUACAGGAAAAUAAAAUGAUACAAUGGAAAUUUACAAAUGAUCAAACUCUAUUCAAGUCGAUCGCAAUCAAGAAAAGUGGAGAAAAUCCCUAUUUAUUGAUAACUUGUAGUGUGCGUAACUUGUAUCUCCAAUCACAAUUAUAAAACUGAUACUUAUGAGUAUAUCAAGUCAAUACAAUAAGACCAGCACUUCCACAAUAGCAAUUCUGCCAAAAACGUUGUUUUGAAAUAAAUCGCCGAAAACCUAUUCGUACAACUCCCUCUGCAUGAUGCUCAGAAAUAUGGAAUAAUCGCUUUCUUGGCCUGAUUAAAGCAGAAAUAUUAGAAUUAAUUGCUUCUACAUCAAUGGUGUUAUUAUAAUGUAAGAAAUAAGUAAAAGGCGAAUUUUUAGGGUGUUUCUGUCGAUUGAUUAUGAUCUUUCCACUUGUUUUAUCGGAGUGCGUGUUGUAUGAUUUGCGUAGAAAUUAUUUGCACGUUUAGAGAUCAUUUUUAUUGCAUGGUGAAAUGUUUGCAUAGAAAACCACAUUGUAAAACAUGUAUGUGCCAUCGUCUGUAAAUAAGAUUUUGUAAUUAUCACAUUGUUAUUAUUAUUAUUGACAAUUUAAAACUAAAGGUUGGGCCGUUUCUUUUAUAAAACAUUGAAAUCUUAAUAAAAAAGGAAAAUAAUAAUACAGAACCAUGACAAAAUUAAUAUACUAAAAUUAAAAUCAUCAUGUACGAAAUAUUCAAGAGAUUGUAAACAUGAGUUUGGCUUUUAACCUGUCUAUAUUUUUGAUUAUCCAACAUGUUUCUAUUACUAGUACAAUCAUGUUAUCCUUUAUUGUGUUUUCUGCAUUUAAAUUGAAAUUUAUGUGGGUUAGAUUUGCCUUUUCCAAACAUGGUCUUUAUAGUGACAAACAUACACUGGUAUCAAUUCUAUUUUAAAAUCAUUAUAUUAAUAUGGAAAAAUAAACUGUAAACAUACUCUCACAUAUAAGACAUUCAACAUAAUACAUGAAGAGUGGGGAUGAAUAUAUCUUAUUCUGUGCCUUUGUCAUGGUAAACAUGGAUUUCGUUUAUGAAAAACUGUUCGACACGAGCUUUGCCUAUCUUACUUUGUUUAAAAUAAAAAUGAAAUCAU